AAGAAUGAGUACCGAAUCCCUGACCCAGAGAUGGCUACGACAGAACGUCAGCUCAUAUACUCAGAAAGACCGCGUUCUUCUUGAUUUUGAUACUGCGCUCGCCCGUUUCACAACUCUACGUCCAAAAUCAGAUGUGUACACUUACGAUGAUGGUCGAACCCAACUUCUACUAUGUCUACAUGGCGUCUUACCAAUAUCCUUUCGCGGCGCUUCAUAUAAUAUCCCGAUCGCUGUAUGGGUCACCAAAGAGUACCCCCGCCAGCCCCCAAUAGUAUAUGUUGUUCCAACCCAAGACAUGCUCGUUAGACCGAGUAACCACGUUGAUGUAAGUGGCAGAUGUAAAGUUGAAUAUAGCCAACACUGGGAAAAAAAGAGCGAGGCGUGUAAUCUAUCAGCUUUACUCGAAGCAUUGCAACAAGAGUUCUCCCGUGGUCCGCCAGUCUACGCCAAACCAAAAACAACUGUAGUUCCAUCGCCUUCCUCUUCGCCUUUACAGCUCUCAUCACCUUCGUCACCUGGCCGCGUUUCCCAAGGUGAUGAUCGACCAGCGCUUCCACCCAAACCCAGUUCAUCACCACAUUCUCUAUUACCACCGAAGCCUGUGGUGGCAGCUCCGAUUGCUUCUACUCAAUACUCUUCUACAGCGAAAUUGCUCAAUCGGCCACCACCGGCUCUACCCUCUAAUCAAUCACCUCAAAUUACAGGUCCUCCAACUUACAGCCGCCCUUCCAACUAUCAGCACACGUUCAGAAACCACAGUGACGGCACUGUGCUCCAACCACCUGUAGUACCACCACGAGGUCCCGCUCUGAUAUCGGAUCAUGACAGUCGUUGGUCCGCACCACUCGGUGGCCCAGCCAUAUCAGGUCAAUUUAAUCAAUCACGCGCCCCGAACACGCCAUCACCUCCGGUUACUUCACAAUAUCCACAGGGGCCACUGCCACAACCACCAGACUUGUGGCACAAGCCGACACUGAACCUCCUAGAUGAGGAGACUGCUGAUUCGUCACCUACUGUGCCGCAGCUUCCCACAGUAGCACCGCCACGGCCACCAAACCCAGAGUUGCUCCGCUUGCACGCCCAAGUACAUGACAAGAUCGCCUCGGAGCUUGCUUCUCUGUCUCAAAUCAUGCUUCUGGAUGACGAACGUCUGCGAGCGCAGCAAUCGGACCUUCUUGCCGGAGAACCCGCCAUCCGGGAUGAGAUGGCGCGUUUAGAAGCCGUUCGAGACGUUUGUAGUAAUGUUUCUAGCAGACUGCGGAAUACUGUUGAUCAAGGGGAGCGCAACAUCGCUGAAUUGCGCAGGAAGGGAGAUCCUGAAGUCGAUGAGUUGAUCUGUUCCACGAGCAUUGUGCACAACCAGCUGAUCAACUUGGUCGCCGAUGAUAAUGCCAUAGAAGAUACUAUCUAUCAUCUCCAUAGGGCUUUAAACACCGGACGUAUUGAUCUAGAACGUUUUUUGAGGAGUACGCGUGUACUUGCAGAAGAGCAGUUUGCAAAGAGGGCACUGAUGGAGAAGAUCCAACAGGGCAUUGCGACGUAAUCUUCUAUAGUCUACAGCUAAUUCCAGUGUUAUUUAAUCAAGGGUCCCAGAAGCUGAUAAGGAUUCUCGAUAAUGUAUUUGCCUUAUUCGUACUA